AGUACCUAUGUUUUCUUUAUAAUGUUAACAACUAUGAAGAAUUCUAUUUUCAAACAAAAAACUCAACUCUGAAAUCAAAAAUAAGUUGUGGCUUCCUGUUUUAGAUGGGCUAUCUUUUCUUAAAUUUACAGUUAAACUUUUUAGUAGAAAAUUAAGAAUAUACAGUACAAGUAAAAUGUGCGAAAAAGUGAUUUUGAAAAAAUGUAUUUGUGGUUGUUCAUUGAGGAUUGGUAUAUUUUUUAUAGCAAUUUUCAAUAUGAUAGUACACGGAAUUUUAACGUAUGUUUUUCUUUACAUGGCUAUAUUUGCCUAUUCAAAUAACUUUUUUGUCUGGUUGGUUGAGAAAUUACUAUAUCCUGAUGUGAGUAUAAAAGGAUUUCUAUUUACCAAUGCUGCAUUGUCAUUUCUCAUUACGAUUGUCUGCACAGAUCUUCUAUAUGGAGCAAUUAAGAAAAAAAUGUGGCAUCUUGUUCCCUAUAUUGUUGUGACAUUCUUCCUGAUUGGUAUAAGAAUUUUUAUGAUUUUCUGGUGCCUAUUUUCAAACUCGGCGAUUCUUUGGAGAUGUAUUGUAACGAACAACGCUUUUGGAAGAUGUAUCGGAACUUUUGGCAACGUUGAAGAGGAUGAUCUAUACAGAUAUGAUUUUGCGGAAGGAGACCUUGGUUUACUGGAAAAGGAGAUGAAUAGAUUGAAAAAGAGAGAGUAUCAUUGGAGUAGUACCUAUACUCAGUGCAUCCUACAGGCUGUACUGUUUGCACUCAAGUCUAGGACCGUGUAUGACAGAAGUGUUUGCAACCAUCUGAUCAAGAAUCAAGAUCCAGCUAUUGAAGCUAUUCAGAAUGAAGUCGAGAUGGACAUGGACCCGCGAAACAUGGCUUACGUGAAGUUCACUCCGAGCAGGGUCAACCCUCAUGCUGAUUUCGCUGACGAGGUGUACAUGCCACCCCUCACCCCUGAGGAGGUCGACAGGGCUGUGGCCAUCAGAAUGGAGGAGGAGGAGGAGAACGCUGCACUAGAAAGAGGGAGGGAAGGAGGAGCGCUUAGUGAAGGAGUCUUGUCUUACAACGCAGCAACCAGACCAGAACUACCCGUGCCACCUCACUUUGGCACUGAAACCGUCUUUGCACCUUCCAACGACCUCAAGACACCUCCACGGCCACUAUACAAGGCCCUGCUGCAGAAGAAGGCUCCUCAACCGUCUGUCAAAGAUGUCUCAAGGCCACUAUACAAGGGAGAUUCAAGGCCACUAUACACUGCCCUGCUAGAGAAGAAGGCUCCUCAACCAUCUGUCGAAGAUGCCUCAAGGCCACUCGAGGAGGGAGUCUCAAGGUCACUAUACUCGGCCCUGCUAGAGAAGACGGCUCCUCAACCAUCUGUCAAAGAUGCCUCAAGGCCACUAUACAAGGAAGCUCCACGGCCACUAUACUCGGCCCUGCUAGAGAAGAAGGCUCCUCAACCGUCUACCAAGGAAGUCUCAAGGUCAUUGGACAAGGAAGCCUCAAGGUCAUUGGACAAGGAAGCCUCAAGGUCACUGGACGAAGAGGCCUCCACGACCUUCAAGGAAGCCUUCAGGCGAGCUGCACCCACCCACUUCAGGCAGGACUACAACACGCCUGAUAACUUCAGGUCCGGUCAGGAGACUAAGGACAAACCUGCGCAGACGGUGGUUGAGGCUGUGUAUCCAGCGGCUGAAGGCUUUGGACCACUGGUGGACUUGGACAACACACCAAACCAUUUCCAUGGCAUCAGAAACAGCCCAGGAUUGACAGCAGAAGAUCUGACCAACCCAAUGUUCAGGAAACAGAGACAUCAUGGUGGUCCACAUCAGCUUUCGUCUGAUCCCAGAGGCUACCCAAAAGGUCCAGAAGAUGAUCAGGAGGAGUUUACCCCUCAAGAAAUAGUGUUCUUGAGAGAGCAGUCGUUGAUGCAACCGUAUUCGUGGGAUAUGCCCUAUGAAGAUUGGUACCCUGGGAUGCCGUUCCAGGUGGAACGGUUCCCUGGAGAGGAAUUUAGUGGAAGUCCAGAGGAGUACUACAGGGAACAGAUCCGGAGGACACAUUCACAGAGGAAACAGUUGCAGAUGGAACAGCCCCAUAGGGCCUAUGAAGAUCUGUUCCCUGACAUAUUCUCUGGAAAGGAAUAUCCGGAGGAUCCAGAGCAGUUCAAGAGGGAACCUAUUCCAGAGUUCGUAGCAGAUCAGGCCCCCAUGGAGCAGAUAUCGCUCUUUGAGGAUCAGGUUCCUGUCGGGUUCAACCAGGAUUACAAUACUCCUGACAAGUUCAGGCAUGGCUUUGAGACAAGAGACAGUUUCCCAGCUGGUCGGGAGGCAUCGAGUAACAGUCUGAUGUAUGGUCUGGAUUACCAGAAGUCCCUCAAUGAGCCACAACCUCUGCCUGAUCUGGAGCCUAGAGGAUACACUGAAGGUGGCAUGGUCUAUCUGCCUGAUAAGAGUGGAUCAGCUAAUAAUGAAGGUGAGAGAAUUCAUCAUCAUGAAACAACUUGUGUAUUCAAGUAUGCAAAAUUAGUGACUAAGGCUCAACUCACACUUAUAUGCUAG